AGAGCCUUGAGUCACAGCACCGUGCCUUAGAGCCGUCAUGGCGAUGGAGCGGGGAGUUGUUGUGUUGUUCCUGCUCCUCUGCGCUGCUGCCAGCGCCACAUGGGGCUGGGACCAACAAGGGGUCCUGCUGCGGGACGUGCAGGUGCUCACUCUGUACCGGGGUCGCUACACCACGGCCCGGAGAACGGCUGCGGUCCCUCAGCUUCAAUGCACCGGAGGCAGCGCUGGGUGCUCUGAUAUCCCUGAGGUCGUUCAGUGCUACAACAGAGGCUGGGAUGGCCACGAUGUGCAGUGGCAGUGCAAAGCAGACUUGGACAGCACUCUUCGUUUUGGACAAAUUGAAGUGAGCUGUGAAGGCUAUAAUUAUCCAGAUGAUCCUUACAUCUUAAAAGGGUCCUGCAGUUUGCUGUUCAGGUUAGAGCUGACGAAGGAAGGUGAACGGAAAGCAAAGAACUUUGGAGGCUUUGGUUCUGGCUAUUAUACAUCAACAAAGGAUUCUUCUGAUUCUGGUGCUGGAGCAAUAUUUGUCAUUGUUCUACUGAUUCUUGCCUUUGGCGUAUACAAGUUCUUCCUCAGUAACCAACAGCCCCAGCAGGGUUUUGGUGAUAGUGAUGGAUUCACUCCUCCUUCCUGGCAGAGUCACCAGGCGCCUCCUCCUCCUGGUUUUAAGUCCAGCUUCACAGAAGACAACGGCUUUGGGACUCGUUCCAGUCAUGAAACCAACUCAGGACCAGGAUUUUGGACUGGAUUAGGAGCAGGAGGCUUGCUGGGCUACUUGGCUGGCAGUCAGAGAGCACAGCCACGCUCCUCAUAUUUCAGUACAUGGGGAGAUCCCACAGCUGUACCUCCAAUGCACAGACAAUGCAGCAAUUCCACACAAGGCAGCAGUACAAGAACUGCAUCUGGAUUUGGUGGCACAAAGCGGAGAUGAAGUCCUUGAUGUUACUACAUCUGAAUGGUUGGACAGUACUAACCCCUUUUUCAUUAGCAGUAGCAGCUGUUAGAAGACAUGUGGAGGACUAGGCAAAUAACCACUCUCUUUCCCAUGUGGAAAUGUGAACCUUUACUAAUGCUUACUCAUACUGGAGCAUCUGCUAUUUCACCACAACAACUUCUUCUUGAAAAAUACAAAAUAAACUUGUCCUCAUUAAGACUGAUGACAGUACGGUUGCUUAUACAUGAGGGAUUAUGGUAAACAAUUUAUUGUUCCGAGCUUGAUUUCAUUUAAAGGGUUUGCUGUUUUGUUUGGGUUUGUUUUCUGUAAUCCAGAGUCUGAAAGGCAUGAUGUCUAAUCAUGCUAACACCUACAGGUUGCUGAUCUUUGAAUCUACUUCUGUGUAUCUUUUAAAUUUCAUGUGAUGUUAUUCUAAGUGCAAUCAGGUAGUUGGAUGAGGGUUUUGCUUAGUGGAAAAGAGUAAAAUUAUGUUUCUAGGGAGAACAGUGUUAAUGUUUCUCUGUGCUGUGUCUUGGAGCCAAGACAUGCAGACUUGAACUACACCAUGUUUAUCUGAGCAACCAUGUGGAUCUGGGGUGCUUCUAGCCUGAAUAUAGCCUAAAGUGGAACAGUAUGGCUCACAACCCAGAGGUUUGCUGGAUGCUCUGUCCUUAAAGACAUUAAAGGCCAGGCUGGGUGGUGCUCUGGGCAACCUGAUGUAGCUGUAGGUGUCCCUGUUCAUUGCACAGGCGUUGGACCAGAUGACCAUUAAGGGUGCCCUUCAACUCAACCGAUUCUAUGAUUCUUUGUUUAACUUGGAUUUUUCUUCUGGAAGACUGAGGCAAUUCAGAUGAAGGUGACUGCAGAUGCUUUGCUCCCAUUGCCGUUUUCUUUUUACUGUGGGUGUUAGUAGCACUGUGAAAAUGUCUAAUGUGAAGUGGUUUAUAUCUCAGCUACUGCCUUUCCUGCUAUAUGGCCUAUCCAAUGCAUGAUAAGCUGAAGGUGCUCAUUGCAAAUGCCAAGAGGGCAUAUUGGAAGGUUUUGCCUUGUGGGAAGGAGCAGAUGAUAAAUCACUGUAGCCAAGUAUAACAAUGUAUUUAGAUUGUGGAGUUCUUGCUUAUUUGUAAUUUGAGACUAUAGUUAAUACUCUACUCCAACUAAUUACUUAUCAAUGAAACUGGAUUUUUUUUCUAAUUGGUUAGUUUGAAGUGAUCUCAAUAAUUGUAUGUUAUAAAAUCUUUUGGAUGAUUUUUCAUGUGUAUUUAUAUCCUGUAUGCUGUCUGUUUUAAUGCAUAAACCUGAUGACUUGUGCUAGUCUGCUGAACUUGUUUUAUGGCAUUUUUUCACUUCUGCUUGAUAAAGUAAUAGAAGUAAGCAAAUAAAGAGCGAUUUUUGUAUCUAAA